AUGGUUGUGGCACCCAAGGCGCUGCUCCAGAAGUGCCUCCCCCUGUGGCCGGAGAACCCCUCAGGGAAGUUGUGUCUUCGCGUCGUUGGUUCUGAAUCCUCCUCCAAUUUCUUCUUCUUCAACCGACAGGACAGCGGCAUCCUCCUGAGGCUGGACCAGUGCGGUGGGAUCAUCGUGGACGUCAACAUGUCGGAUCACUCGACCAUCAUCAGCUUCAACGAAUAUUACGAAGGAGCGGCUCCUGCUCUGUUGCUCAACCACACACCCUGGGUCAGCAUCAGAUACAAGCAGAGCGGCUCGGCGGGGGUCCAGGACCUGAACCCCGGAGAGGCUCGGCUCUUCGCCUGGGACGACCCGUCCGGAGAGAGGUCGCUCAGCUGGAGCUGCAUGGAGAACCACGGAGACCUGGACCUGCUGAAGGACGAUGUGGGCCAGUUCUCCUACGACAGCCGGUCUCAGGUCCAUUGGGUUUCCUUCCUCGACGGACGGCAGCGGGUUCUCCUUUUCACCGAAGAUGUUGCUGUGGUGACGAAGGCUCGGCAGGCGGAGGAGCUGGAGCAGUUUGAACAGGAAGUGAAGGUUUCUCUGCAGAACCUCGGACUCUCAUUGGUCAACAACAGAGGGAGGCAGGAAGUCGCUUACAUCGGCAUCACCAGCUCAGGUGUGGUGUGGGAGAUGAAGCCAAAGAGCCGCUGGAAGCCCUUCAGCCAGAAGAACAUCAACCUGCUGGAGGAGGCGUUUCAGAAGCAGCGUGGCGGGGGUGGCGACGGCUGGGUCACUCUGGAGACUCACCUGGAGGUGAAACUGGGCGGAGCCACCAUGAUGAUGCGGAAGCCCAUUUCAUGCCAGGUGAGGAGGAACUUCCUGUCAGGGAUCCAGGUCGAGUUCAAGCAGUCGCAGCACCAGCGCUGUCUGAGGGCCCAACUGCACUGGCUGCAGGUGGACAACCAGUUGCCCGGCGCCAUCUUCCCGAUCGUCUUCCAUCCCGUUCCUCCGCCCAAAUCCAUCGCUCUGGACUCAGAGCCGAAGCCCUUCAUCGAAGUGUCCGUAAUCACGAGGUUCAACCGGCACAGCAACGUCAUGCAGAUCAAGUACUUCAUGGCUCUGGUUCAGGAAAUGGCGGUGAAGAUCGAUCAGGGUUUCCUGUCGGCCAUCUUGGCUCUGUUCACCCCCGCUGCUGAGCUUCAUGCCGAGCGGCAGAAGGCCGGGCUGUUGGAUAAAGACCUGAAGAAGCUUCAGACGGAGCUGAUGGAGACUUCGCUCUCCGACCAGUCCACUGUCAGCUUCUUCCAACACUUCCACAUCUCCCCCAUCAAGCUGCACCUGAGUCUGUCUCUGGGCUCCUCCGGCUCAGAGGAGUCUCCCGAGGCGAUGCAGAGUCUGAACCUGCUGCUGCAGAGCAUCGGAGCCACGCUGACUGACGUGGACGACAUCGUCUUCAAGCUGGCCUUCUUCGAGGUGAAGUACCAGUUUUAUCGCAGAGAGAAGCUGAUGUGGGCGGUGGUCCGACAUUACAGCGAGCAGUUCCUGAAGCAGAUGUAUGUUCUGGUUUUGGGUCUGGACGUCCUGGGGAACCCGUUCGGACUGAUCCGAGGUCUGUCCGAGGGCGUGGAGGCCUUUUUCUACGAGCCUUUCCAGGGAGCCGUCCAGGGCCCGGAGGAGUUUGCUGAGGGCUUCGCCAUUGGGGUCCGCACCCUGCUGGGAAACACCGUCGGGGGCGCUGCAGGGGUCGUCUCCAGGAUCACAGGCUCGGUGGGGAAAGGUCUGGCCGCCAUCACCAUGGAUAAAGAGUUCCAACAGAAGCGCCGCGAGGAGAUGAACCGCCCGCCCCGAGACUUCGGAGAGAGUCUGGCCAAAGGAGGGAAAGGACUGCUGAAGGGCGUCCUGGGGGGAGUUACAGGAAUCGUCACCAAACCUGUGGAGGGGGCCAGGAAGGAGGGCGCGGCCGGCUUCUUUAAGGGCAUCGGGAAGGGUCUGGUGGGCGUGGUGGCCCGGCCCACCGGGGGCAUCGUGGACAUGGCCAGCAGCACCUUCCACGGCAUCCAGAG